ACAAACACAGUGGCAGCUGCCAGUGCGGGACGAGCGAACCCCGAUUAUUUCUGUAGUACAGUUUUGACGUCUAUCCGCAUACACUUUUGUACUUUGCAAAUUUCGUGAUUCAGUUUUUUUCUGAAGCAUUUUUGUGGAAUUAUCACCAUUUUUGAUGGAAAGUUUAGAAUGCACACUUUUGGAAGGUGGUUCUUGUUAGAUUUUAGUGGUGAAUAGCUCGAAAAUCGGCGGUGAAGUGUGAAAUAUGGUGUGAAUUCGUCGGUGUUCCUGUUCAUCGAUUUUCUUGCUAUGAAUAAAUUUCCUAUAGUUAUGAUAAAUUGAACAAUUCACCAUCAGGAAAUUCUUAAGCAGUUGAAGUGCUACAAAUGACGAUAGUCAAACAAUAAUACCGCAGCAACUAAAGUGCUACUUAGCAAGUCAAAAACAGUGUCCAAGAAACCACAAACUAAAAGAAAAACACAAACUGACAGCUUCCGAUAAUAUUGCAUCCGUUUCACUCACUUCGUGCUAGUGCCAGAUAUGCUGCAGCUAGGCAGACGUGCGUGACUGUGACAAACCUAUGACAAGUGAAGCGCUCCCGUGGACGGUUAGUUGUCAAACCGAAAAAAAAGUAAAUAAGAAACAGUGAAGCAAACUAGCGAAAGACUGUGAUCGGCAGGUGACAUAUGAGAUGGACUGAUGGAAAUCUAAUAAGACAAUGAACUCUCAUCGAGUCUGAAACUGUGCUAAAAAGCUCUCCAAAUGUUUUAAAAUCUAGUUGGUUACAACCAGAGAAAAUCAAAUCAACUAAGACUCAAAUUUACCUACACGGCUCCGAAUUUAAGAGAAAUGACCUCCGUUAAGGAUACGGCAUCGUUCUUUGCCAACGGCAGUUCGAACCAGUUCGACUUCGUGCUUGGCUUAUAUCCACAAGUUUUAAAGCUAAAGGCAGAAAACAAAUGCAAAAAACCCGAAGAACUGAUCCGGCUGGACGAUUGGUAUCAGAACAAACUGCCCCAGUUGAUCAAGAAGCGUGGCAAAGAACGAUUUAUGGUACACGAGGAACUGGUUCAGACGAUGAAAUGGAAGCAGACACGUGGUAAAUUUUUCCCACAGCUAUCAUACUUGAUCAAAGUCAACACCCCGCGGGCAGUUCAAGCAGAAACGAAGAAAGCUUUCAAAAAACUGCCGAACCUAGAGCAGGCGAUCACAGCGCUGUCGAAUCUGAAAGGCGUUGGAACGACGAUGGCUUCAGCAUUGCUUGCCGCCGCUGCACCAGAGACCGCUCCCUUCAUGGCGGACGAAUGCCUGAUGGCGAUACCGGAGAUCGAAGGCAUCGACUAUACCACACGUGAGUACAUGAACUUCGUGCAGCACAUUCAAUCCACAACAGACCGGUUGAACGAGGAAGUGCACGGGCCGGUGAGUAGUUCAAACACCGACGGUAGUAACGAUGAGGAUGACAGUAGCAACGAUACGCCGAAAAUUGAGAAAAAAUGGUCCCCGCAUAAUGUUGAACUAGCCCUGUGGACACACUAUGUUGCCCGAGAACUGCAACCGGAGCUGCUCGAUAACAUGCCGCCUGCCGUUGAUGGUAGUAAAAAUAGCUAUUCUCGAAAUCCGGUGUCCACGACUACGCCGUCGAAGACUCCUGCUACACCUGCCGCCACAAACGGUGCUUCGGUAUCGCUGGCAUCGUCCGAAAAUAACACCAUGGAGGAACCGUCCGAUGAGAGCAAUCUGGACACGGAACUUGGCAAAGCGACCUCAGAUGAAUCCUCGAAGGAUAACAAGUACAUCGACAGUUUGGACGAAUGCACCAAGUCGGAGGAUAGUCUAGAGAAACCCAGCACGACCACAACUAGUAUUCGCAACAACAACAGCGAUGAGGUGAACGACAGCGACUCACAGAGUAGUGCAAAGAGGUCCACGACUGGUGGUGAAGACGAGGACGAGGAGGAUGAGGAAGAUGACGAAGAGGAAGAUGCCGACGAGGAAAGUUCGGCAGAUGGGGCUCCGAACGCAAAGAAGACUAAGUUUGAGUAGAACAUGAAACAGGUGUAAUGAGAGGGAUGGAAUGGCGUGGCAUAGUUAUCUUGUUACAAUUAAGGCCUGUCGGAAGCUGGCACACAAGAAUCACAAAUCAAAAUCAGUUAACAUAAUUACCGUCGCAGCUACUAACCGACCGAUGCGGCGAACGACAUGAGGACAGUACGUAGGGCAGGCAGCUCCGUUGGAGCGCACAAGGUGGCACAGGGAAAGGGAGGAGGAGUAGUGGGUUUUAAGUGCGCCGGAAGGAACUGAAAACACUAGGUACAAAUUAUGUUGAACUGAUUGCAAGUGGAAAAUCAUGUGAGUGUGGAAGAUAGCGGAAUACGAAAGCUUCGAUUGGGUCGGGUUUUUUGGGGGAGAAGAAGAAAAUAAAGGAGGCACAAGAAGUUGUAUAAGAAAGAGGGAAUCUAUUGGAUAAUAGUAUGUAGGUGAGUUCUGCUUCUCGCUAGUGAUUGAAGUGGAGGAAAAGAGAGGGGGCGUUAAUAUUGUUGCGGCACAAUUAUAACGAUGCCAGAGUGCGAGGGCGAACGAGAGUGGACGAGAGUUUUAUCAUUAAGCUAAAUUUAUUUGACACUCUCGCAGUAGAUCUUUUAGACAAAGAAGGAAGCGCGGUCGAACCUUCGAAGUGCUAGUUGAUGUUCAGUAUCUUAAUGAAUCAGUCGAAGAGCGCUCGUUAGGUUUCUGUUUUUUCUCUGUGUUUUUAUCUAUUGCUUUGCUGAAUUCUUUUUUUUCGGUAGCGUUGGCUUAAUUGAAUCAAGUGGAAAAUGCAAUUCUCUAAUUAAAUCUCUAUACAGCUGGCAGUAGUCAAACGGUCGGUGGAUUUUAAUUACGUAAUAGAAGAAUAGAGGCUGGUGGAUAUUGUUGGUGUACAUGCCCGGAGAACUGGUUUAGAUUGAAAGAUUUGGGAAAUGGUGAUGCAUGCGAAUUGUUUAUUGUUUUUCCUUAUUUCGAUUUUAUUCUGUAAAAUUGCAGAUGAAUUUAUUUCUUGAAAUCUCAAGAUUCAAUUACCCGGAUCAUCAGCAAUAUGACGUGGGAUAGAUGAAACUGUAAACUAUUAAAUUUCAUUAUUGGUUCAGCAAAGAUAAGAGCAAUCAAAAGUUUGAUUGAGCAGUGAAGUGUAAGUUUGAAUCUGAAUUCAAUUGACUCAAUGCAGUUAAACUUUUUCCGAACAAGGUAACUUCUUCUUUUGAGGGUUUACAAAAUAUAUCCUGUUGUUACAGCGCGAUCAAUUUCUAAGUAUUGGAUUGCGAGAGGUAGGUUAAUGAUGAUUAGGGUCAUUUCGCAUUUGUUGAUAUUCUGUGAACUAUUUCUUUUCAUGAAUAAGUUUUUAACAGCUAAAGUUACUACAAGCCGCUCUGGAAAGUCUAAUUUGAACUGUUAUAAAUUGCUUCUUGAAACUAAAAAUCUAUCUUUGACAAAAUAUGAAAAUCAAAGAUAACGAACGAUGAUGAAAUGCAAAAAAAAACAUUAAACAUAGUACACGAAAAAAUCACAAGGGUUGUGUGGAAAGCCACGACCGCAAAGUGACGUAGAAUGUAAUAUACAUAAAGGAUGCGGCAGGAAAAACAACGAAAAUGUGUGGUACUACUUCAAAUCUCAUUUUCAACUUCUUUGUGCAAUUAUCGAGUCGAGUAGGUUCUUUCAAAAAAAUGUACUCGAUGUGUUCUCCAUUUCUAUCAAUGACAUCUUCAAGACAACGUCGGAGAGUGAGCAUGUUUUUCAAACGUAGUCCUCCGAUAUCGACAACCACGUACGCGUUAUGACAGACUUCAAAAUCUUGGAACAAGGAUGAAAUGGUUUGCAGGUUUGUGCCACAACAUACACCCUCACUGUAUACUCCAACGAGAUACUGAACUUCUGAGGAGCUCCAAAUCUUUGGACCAAAAUUUUAUGUUUUCUAUUUGCCAUCGUUGGCUCCAAUUUGGCGUGAUAUGGCGUACCAUUCUGUUAUGGAACAAUGUAUUGAUCCUAAGAGAAGUUGGCCUUCAUCCAAGAUAGUACUUAUUGUAAAUAACGAUAUACACUACGGUAUUGAUUUUUAAGCCAGCAUUAAUGAAAACAGGCGGUUUUUUCAACCCAUUGAACAACACCAAGCUAAACGACCGGGUUGCAAAAAAUUUUUGUGUGGCCGAUUUGAUCACGUUUAGCGUACGUGCAAACCGCGAACCUCUACUUUCCGGGCUCCGGUGCUUAGGUUCCUCUAGACACUUUUUGAUGCUAUAAACUAUAUCAUUCCGGGGGAGCUGCAAGCUUGUAAUACCCUUUGUCGUUCAUUUUGUCAAUUUUGCAAUAAAAUAAUUCUGUUAUUUUGAUGCACCACUUCAAAGUGAACGUAACCAAAUACACUGUCAACAAAAAUAGGUUAUUAGUUACGCAAUUUACCCCAAUAAUAACCCUUUAUAAGGCCGUGGAAACUACGCAAGGAAUUGACAUAAACCUAAGUAAAACGUAUUCCUUUCAGGAGAAACAACACAUCUGUGCCUUUGUACAAUUCACUAUUGAAUCAAUUGAAAAAAUUGGUGGCAAUAAAGUUGCCACUGCCCGUUAACCGUACAAACGUUGGUGGCAAUAUAAUUGCCACUGCCCGUUAACCCCCAAAACGAUGGAAACAUUUUUUUUGCAGCUGCAUUGUAAGCUUCUUUUUUUUGUAAUAAUAAAAAAUGAAACAUCAUAGUAAUUAGAUUGUAGCAGUAAGACUUCAUUUAUCUUGAAUUGUAAAGAUCAAAGUAAAGAAUUGUUCAAGUAAUAUUCUGAACAAAAUUUUCGGAAGAAAUUUGAAAUUUGUCGUCAUAUACACCAUGUAUUUUAAGAAAACAACUGCAUAAUCUAACACAGUAGGUCCUAAAUAGGAUGUUUCUGGUGAAACAUCCUACCGGUUUGUUAGAUUUUUACCAAAUUAAGAAGAAAUUUCCGAACGACGUUCUAAAAUCUUGGUUUGUUUGCAUAAAAAUGAAGCUAAAAUGAAUAUUGCAAACUUCUAGCAGUUCUAGAAAAAACUAAGGUGUUCUAAGACACCUUUAGAAGUCUUUGGUUAAUCGAAAUUCAAAAAUAAUAACAAAUAAAAGCGAAAUUCAAAAAUAGAAAAAAAUGUAUUUUGUUGGUGGUAAUAUAGUUGCCACUGCCUUAUAAAGGGUUAAAGGGUAGGAAGGAAUGUCAAAUCAUCAAAGGAAUAUUUCUUGUACUCUAAAAUCCUCACAUUCCAAAUUUGGUUCCGUUUGCCUGAUUGGUUCUAAAGUUAUGUAGAAAUUUGUGUUUUAUUUGUGUGGGAGCCCUCCCUUUCAAAAGAGGUUCCGUUUGCUUGAUUAGGUCUCGAAUAAUGCAGAAACUUGUGUUUCAUUCGUAUGGGACCCCUCCUUUUUUUUCAUUGGAGAAAGUGCCGGCUCAGGUACCUACUACUGAUGCUGCCCGCUACCGCACAAAGGCAGCUUUUUACUAGAGAAAGCACCGCACCAGCUUGCUCUGCUACUAUCGCUGCUGAUACCCGCUGCCCUGAUACUGCUAAGUCAGGACAGUCCUAGUCGCUAUCCAGUACUUUUAUAACUGGUUUAAACAAAAGCAUACUUUUAUAUAGGCCAAAUAAUAUAUUCCCGAUUUACUGGUCUAAAAUUCUGUCGACCGUGCUUGGAGUAGUAAGCAUUAAACGACCAAAAAGAGGUCAAAUUCAAUUCAACAGUACAAUAGUUCGACUAAUCAAAUUACAAUUUUCUGCAUUUGGGCAGACUCAUAGAAGAUUUUACAAUCGAUUGCUGCAAGAACCGAGGAAAUCCAUCGAAAACUAGCCGAAUUAAUAGCAUUUAAAGAUGGACAUAUUUUUCACUUUUCCGUUUUUAACUAACAGGGAUGUGAAUAAAUAUGACGAACUUUCUGAAAGACGUAGUUCUACGUCAAAGGUAACAGACAACACUGGUUACCAAAAACCGUUUUAAGUCGAGUAUUAGAUAUGUUUUUGCAAAGUUGGUUUAUUAGUUGGUGCUAAAUGCUUACAACUUUCACUCCAAUCUACCCAUUAAAUUGCGCCAUCUUUCUUACGCUCUUUCAUCCUUCAUUCUCUUAAGACUUGGUCAUUUUUUAAAGGCCACCCCUGUUUUCCAGAGCUUGCCGUUCAUUCCUCCCAGAAUCUUUCUGUUGGGCGAAGUUCUGUUGAGGGUUUGCCUCCUUCGGCAAAAAACAAGAUGGUUGGCUUCCCAACACUCGCAUAAUGUCACAAUGCCAGAUCCGGCCAUUCUUUUUUUGUAUAUUGGGUCGUUGAUGGUGCCGGUCGUUAUGUACGGCUUGUUGAAUAAGCAGCACUCACAGUCACGCUGAAUACUUCUAGACCAAUUUUUCGACCUUUUUUUCCGGAACUUGCCGACGAGAAACUUCACAUCGGUCUCGGCGCCCAUUACGAUGCAUUUUUGCUGCAUCGAUCUCUCGUGGUACAGCCUCCUGGCGUUAGAUUUGGCCACCGUGUUCUGUUUAUCGGUUCAGUUAGGCACCAUUCUUGCCUUGAAGACACGAAGCUCGGCCCGCUUCGGCCGAAAGGUUUGGAUUUCGCUUGAAGGAAUCUCUCACCUUCCUUGUUUUCACGGUCGUAUUAGCUGUCAAUUAGAAAUUUACCACACGGAAUACGGUCGAAUGGUCGAUUCUGUGCUCAUAAUUGUUCAUCAAAGCACUCCUUGCUUGGAAACCUUCUCAAUAACCUCUUGACAGUUGGCGACGAAAUUUUGCAAAUGUCAACAUUACACUCUGAACUAGUUUUAGCCAAAAUUUCUUCAAUUUUCACCCAUACAACAACAAGCAGCACUGGAAUUCGAUUCAGUAGAGACAGAGUCACACAAAUUUGCACACAACACAUCGACCAUCAAACAGUAAGCGCUGAUCUCCUUUUUAUUUUUGUGUUCUCUUCUCCCCAUUUGCUCUUUUGCAUUUUACUCAGAACAGAAUACGUAUCAUUGGCGAAUUCUGAAUCAUCUUAUGAUAUUAAAUUCAAUAUCUGUUAGGAUGGGGUCUCAAUGUAAACUUACAUGUUUUGUUUCUUGGCCAACUUCUCACUUAGUUACUGAAAAGCAAAUGAAAACUGCUGUAUUUUGGAAGGAGAGAGAAAACAUUUGUUUACCCUUCGCACACUAUGAUUGUGAGUGAAAAUGAAUUCCGCGACUAAAAAGCUCUACGACUAAAUGUGGUUAAUUGCCCACUCUUUGUUAGAAAAAAACUAGUUUUCUCAGACGUGUAACAGGUAAAGGAGGAAGCGUGAGCAAAAAUUAACGUGACGGAAAACUAACACACAGAGCUCGAAGUGCGUGCAAAUAACAGCCCUUACAACAAGUUGUGUAUGCAAGAAAGUGUUGCAUUUUUUUCGAAUGAAUUUUUUAAAUCAAUUUCCUCAUACUCAAAAAAAGGGUUCAUCUUUUUUGCCACCGACAAAUAACGUUUUGCAUUUAUUUGAAAGGUGAGUUUGUACAUAAACAAAAAAAAUCGAAUUUCGAGCUUGAGGAUGAGCUUGACAACCGCUUACUUCGUAGUUGUUCCUUCAUGAUGCAUCUUCACUGAAGUUGCACAAUAAUUCAGUGGCUUCCGCUUUGAAUAGAUCGAUAACGACACCGACCGAGUUUACCUCUGCAUCUCCUUGACUGCGACGGAAAGGAAGGGUUGUGUCACCAUGGUAAGUGACGGAGUAUAACAAUGUUGCGCGCGACGUUAACUCAUUACGACGGUGAGAGAUGUUUGUUUUCGUUUUCAAACACCGCGAUCCUAUGCGUUUGACGCGCGUGAAAAUCAUUCUAAGUAUUUGUAUAAAUGUCGUUUUUCAUUCCCGAAAGCUUCAAAAAAGCAAUACGGUAGAUGCGGUUCUUGGAAAGGUAUAUAUUGCGCAGUCAAUCACGAUGUUUAUUGACCGAGCGAAACCUACUUUUGUUUGCAACGUGCUUGAAUAAAACCAACGAGCAAGCAGUAUCUGGCUAAACGGCCACCGUGAGACAUGAAUAAAAGCGAAGUCACUACGCUUCGAAAACCCGAAAAAAUCGACUUACCAUAGAAGCGCUUGCUACGAAUAGCGAUGUAAAGUGCCAUGAGAAAAAAAAAUGAAUGGGUUCAGUGUUUUAUUGUAUACGUUAUUUAAAUUACCGAUUGUUUUUUCGAAACUCAUCAGAUGAGAAUUCAAUCAUAACACAGUAUAUGUGCUGAUAUCCUAUAUUUAGAGACCUUUGCUGCAAGUAUUCAGAUCACGCAUUCGAUUUCAAGAUACGCCGGUCUUAAAAAAGAAUUAGAAUUUCGGCUAAAAAAUGCAGUACAAACAUGACGUAGUAUCUCAAAUGUCCUGCCAGUAGGCGUCUAACCGUUUGCAUUAAAAAAAUGAUUUUUUUCGUAUGGUGAUAAAAAUCUAAGACAGAUAGUUAAGUCUGAUAAAUGUCCAAAAAAAAAAUGAAAAUUGCAAAAUAAUUCUUCACCCUUGCGAACGGCCUUCCAACACUUUAUCGGAAUAUUCGCCAGCUGGGGGACGUUGGGCGGGUUCGUCGACUUGGGUACCACAUCGAUAUUUAGCCACUUCAUCUCCUAUGGUAUUUCUUGAUGAACGACGCAACUUUCGGCAAGCACUUCGUACAAUAAAUUUACCCGUUCUCGGCCAGUCCGGAGCGAAAGAAGAGCGGCUUUGACAUCCCUUUUUUGCCGACUGUCAGCCACAGCAGCACCUGUUUGGGGAACUUCACCUCGGAGUUCACUUCCUUCGUAAAGAAAAUGAAAUACAAAGCGCCCUGCCAGUCGUUGCCAUCCAGGGUGAGGCAGGUCUCGUCGUCCAUCACCAUCGCGAUUUGCCGGGAAAAUCGACUUGACCAUCUUAUUCACCCGCUGCCACUACGUCACUGUCUACAGCUCCCAGACCAGUGGAUGGGACUACCGCUUCCAAGCGCACGCAGCGAUGUAGUCACUAUUUCCCCGGUCUUCCUCUUUAGCAUCCUUUGGAGCUUCUUGUCAUUCAAAAUCGUCGGCCGUCCGGAACCGGUCUUUUUUCCGAUGCUCUGACUGUUGUCCAAUAGGGCCAAUAUGUUUUAGAUGCCGGAACGGGCCUAUGCGGCGUCCACAAAGUGCCGCACGAUGUCCGUUUGCGAUGCGGCGGAGUACCGUGCUUUGAACGCACACACUUCUUAACAGAGUUGCUUCACCGUUUUCGUCAUCACGGUUAAAGUUCGACUGAUAGAGCUGUAAUUUUUUUGCUGUUGACUCAUGGGUUGCCAUGAUUGAUGCUGCUUGGGUAGUUCCGUCAGUGCGUGUGAAGGUGUUAACCCAUGAAAAUCGGCAAUUUUUGUCCAUUCAAUGCAAACGUUACUGCUGACCCAGACGGAUGUAUAUGGCCUUCGUAGAAAACUUCGUUUGUUACCGUGUGUACUAAAGAAUGAAUUUGCGAUGCCCUCAUUAUCUUAGCACUAUCCCGUAUAAUUGUAUGCGACCGAUGGUAUGAUGCAACUUCUUAUUUUGCAAAUGUUGACAGUUGACAUCUUCUGCUAACUUAGCUACGGCUUUCGUAUCAACUUUAGUUUGUUUGAACAAUGUAUACAAUGUUCGACGUAACCAAAUCUGCGUUAAGUUUACGAUCGUGCACCAACAACGUCCACCAGUCUUAACUCGAAAACGAACUGCCGAUCGUUCCGUAUCCGUUUAAAAUAAAUCCAAGCAAAACAGUAACAAACAGUAGCUAUCAAACACCCCAGCCGAUAGUCUAUGUUAGUCAUCACUAUUUGUUCAGUAAUGUUUAUCGUAAACCAUAUAAAAGGUGUGGUUUUUUUACUGUGCAUGAUCGAUUAGCUUUUGUUUUUAUCAUGGUUUUUUAUCAAACCGUUUACCAGGGCACAUUCCAACUGUAGACAUUGUUCUGCUUGUUCGAGUAAUGAAAAAAAAAAACGUAAAUUCUACCCUAGAAAAAAAUACCACAACUUAAACACACGUAUACAUAAAACAAAAAAAAAGAAAACAAAGUCAAAAGUAGAAGAUAAAUGUUUUGGAUCAAAUUCAAAAUCAACGUCGAAGACCCAUAUUUUCAGUUUCAUGAAAGUGCUUGGAGAUAGCAUAUGUAACGCAAAUAUUUAUAACCUGAUUGUAUGAAAAGAAGAAAAAAAACGAAUUAACACACAUUUCGGUUUAGUAGAAAUAUUGAGCUAAGAAAACUCUUAUAUAAAUAUCAAUUCGUAUAGACAUUAUUUAUUGUAACUAUUAAUUAUUAUCAUUAUUAUUGAGAGUAAACAAUUCGGUCACUCACAAUCUAAUCAAAAUAAAAAUCUUGCAAAAAUACCAACUGCGACAGAUCAGCCAAUCGUACGAGAAGAAUGAAACUAGUAUUAGUUGACGUUUUUUCUGUUUCCCUUACGAAUAAUGUUAAGUAAAUACAUUAUACGAACAUGUUAGAGCAGAAGUAAAUAAACAGGAAACAACCACAAGGAACACAAAAAUGACAGUUACUGACAGACACCAUCCGGGAAGCACUCUUACAGUUUUAGUGUAAAGCGGAAGCAUCUGUAUCACCACUACUUGCAUACAGCAAACUACAAUAGCAAACCUGAGCGUGGAAAAAAGCGUUAGAAAACAAAAAGAUUAUUACAAGACAAACCUAUACACACAGUUAUGGAAAACCAAUAGCGAUGCUAGGAACUAGUAAUCAAACCAAUAAGGAUGAAGACAAAAAAAAAAAACAAAACAAAAACCACUAAUAGCCUUUAAUAAAAUAUAAAAAAAGAACAAGAAAUAAUUUAAUAAAUGUAAAGAGUAAGUAGAACACGCUGAGACUACCAAGAAAAACAAUGAUACCUACACACACACAUACACAACACACUAGAAAUUCACUGAAAUCAAGUAGGGUUUAAUACGUGCAAAGUCGAAGCGCGGUGGCAAAGUGAAUGAUUCUAGCGGUAAAAAAAUACUGAAAUGCAAAUUUACAGAAAAGUAAAAUUAAAUAAAUUAAGUGAUUAUAAUACAA